AUGCCAGCGAGACGAACUCCGAAAAUCGAGGCGUUGGUCGCGAACGCUAUACGCAGGCUGCAGGACGUACAGGGCCCGUCAUCGCGGGAAAUUAGUAACUACAUUUCCCAGGAGUACGACGUGCCUGCGAAGGACAUCAGGCGGCAGGUCCAACUCGUGCUGCAGCGCGGCGUAUCCUACGGGAUCCUCGAGCGGACGAAGAGAGGUUACUACACGUGCAACCGCGACUUCCUCGGACGGAUACCAGUGGAGGACGAGCCGGGCGACGGGGUGACGGAGCCGUGUCCGUGGGGGAGGAGAAGAUGGAGGGUAUAUUGGAGGAAAAUCAGAGCGAGGCGCAGGAAAGCUCGGGAGAGAAGCAGAGCUUACAGACGACGGCUCAAGAGGACGCGCUCAAAAAGGGCGCGCACCGCUCGAAGACGUCGGGGCAGGUCCCGCAGGAGGAGACGCAGGAGGAGCCGGAGGAGGACGCGAAGAAAGUCUCAGACGAACGACACCGGUCCCAGCGAAGACCAACAGCUCUCCCGGGCGGAAACGAAGCAGCAGGAGAGCCACUCUUUCGGAAACGAGGAUGGUCGAGAGAGCGAAGGGUCUCGAUCGAGUGACGUCCGCGAGCAGACCUGACGCGACCGUUGAGGAAUAACGAUAUUUUUUCACGCUGCGAGCGAACGAGAGAGAGAGAGAGAGAGAGAGAGAGAGAGAGAGAGAGAGAGAGAGAGAAAUGAAGGCGUGUGGGAAUUGUAAAUUAACGAGUCUCGUGUCUCUCGCGGCCCACUCGGUCAGAGUCUUGUUUGGUUUAUCCGGUUAUCCUUAUUCGCGCGGCCUCCGCGAAAAAGAAGAAGCUUCGCGGACAUGUGCAAAUUUACGUCGGGAUGGCUCGCGCGCCGCGAGCCUUCACGCGA